CCGGGUAUUUCCGGAAACUGAAGGAGCUAACUCGUGUAGCUGUCUUCACAGAAAUAAAGCCUCGAGUGAAGUUAGCCGAUAAAUAAACACGCAUUCUAGGAAAAUGGCGGACGAACAGUUGCCUACUGGGUGGGAAAAGCGGUUAAGUCGGUCAACCGGCCAACACUACUACCUGAACGUUUACACCAAAGAGUCCCAAUGGGACGUUCCCGACAAACCGGCAGAACCUGUGUCUUCGAGCGGCCCCGAACAAGUCCAGUGCUCACAUUUACUCGUCAAACACAAAGACUCGCGAAGACCGUCCUCUUGGCGAGAGGAGAACAUCACAAGGACUAAAGACGAAGCCUUGGAAUUAGUCAAAUCGUAUCGCGAACAAAUCGUCCAGGGCAAGGCCUCGUUUGCUGACUUAGCCUCAAAGUACUCGGAUUGCUCGUCUGCUAAACGAGGGGGCGACCUUGGCUCGUUCAAACGGGGGGCCAUGCAGAAGCCCUUUGAGGAGGCGUCGUUUGCGCUCAAGGUUGGGGAGUUGUCAGAACCUGUCUUUACCGAUUCGGGGGUGCAUAUUAUUCUGCGUACUGUUUAGAUUUGUACUCUUUCUAGACCAUUUUUACAUUUAUUAUAAGUUCAUUCAUGUUCUUUCAGGUCUUGUUAACGUAAUUUAUGAUGCAUCUAUGCCAAACAAAUUCAUAUUUAUAUAUAUUGCGAUGAGAUUGGAGCUGUAAAUUUAGUGUAAAUUUCUUUUAUAUUGUACUUUUUACUUAUUAAUGAGGUAACUUAUUCCUGAUACUUUUGUUAUUUUGUUUAUGCACAAUAAAGAGCCCUAAGCACUCCUGUUA